AUGAUCGCAAUGCGGGGCCGGACAACAUGGUCUGUAAGCCGGCUUUUGCCGGCACUUUUACUGGCGACCGUCCAGUUCACCACAGCAUACAACUUGGACACAAGUGACCAAGCCGGUAUCAAAACCAUUGCGAGGUCAAUGACUGAAGAUCUGAUGUCGUUCUACGACGGAGACAAACCUGGCAAGACCCCAGGUCUUCUUCCCGAUCCAUACUACUGGUGGGAGGCCGGCGCGAUGAUGGGCACCAUGAUCGAUUACUGGUACUACACAGGUGACAGCACUUGGAAUGAUGUUGUCACUCAGGGUCUCCUCCACCAAGUCGGCAAAUUCAACGAUUACAUGCCAGAGAAUCAGACGCGAACCGAGGGAAACGACGAUCAAGGAUUUUGGGGACUCGCAGUGAUGUCUGCUGCCGAGCAUGGGUUCCCCAACCCCCCGGAUGACCAACCACAAUGGCUUGCCCUGGCGCAGGCUGUGUUUAACACCCAGGCCGCACGCUGGGAUCCGGACCAUUGCAAUGGAGGACUUCGAUGGCAGAUCUUCCAGUGGAACAACGGUUACGACUACAAGAACACCAUUUCCCAAGCCUGCUUCUUCGCUCUUGCCGGGCGCCUGGCUGUGUACACCGGCAACUCGUCCUACUCCGACUGGGCAGAGAGAACAUGGGAGUGGAUGGUUAAUGUCAAAUUCAUUUCCGACGACUACUACGUCUACGACGGCGGCCACAUUCAGUACAACUGCACAAACAUCGUACCGUAUCAAUGGACCUACAAUGCCGGCGGUAUGAUUCUUGGCGCUGCCGCCAUGUACAACCACACCGGCAACGAGGUGUGGAAGAACCGACUCGACGGGCUGGUCAAGGGCGCAGAUGUCUUCUUUGUUGGCGAGGAAAAGAAUAUCAUGCAAGAGGUGGCAUGCGAGACGGUUGAACUCUGCAACCUGGACCAGCAGUCCUUCAAGGCAUACCUCAGCCGCUGGCUUGCGGCCAUCACCAAAUGGGCCCCGCACUUGACAGAUGGCAUCAUGUCCAAGAUUCGCGCUUCAUCUAUCGCAGCUGCUUCGCAGUGCAAAGGCGGUACGAAUGGACGCAUGUGCGGGUUGAAGUGGACCGAAAACGGGACUUGGGAUGGAAUGCAGGGUGUCGGACAACAGAUGGCCGCCCUCGAAAUCACGCUCGGCAACCUCAUCGAAUCUUCCAAUGCACCUCAUACUGCAGACGUUGGCGGCACUUCUCAGGGCGAUCCUGGAGCUGGAGGUAACGACAUCGGCCGGACGGUCCCUGCAGUCUCAACUUUACCACCAUUAGGCGGUGGCGAUACGGCCGGCGCAGCAAUCUUGACGAUGGUUGUGCUGGGCCUCCUGAUUGUGGCUGUCAUAUGGAUGAUGCUGGACGAAACGUCCAAGAAGCCCAUGAAGGAGCGCUUCUUCGAUUUCCGCUCCGCGCUCCUCAGUGGUGGUGGCCUUGCCGCACUGAGUGCCAGGCGGAAGAACGAAGAGAUGAAUGAGGAGGGCAAGGGGGUCGACAAUGACGCUUCUAGUGACAGUUCGCGUGAGAAUGGGAUACUAUCUCCUUUACCGACGAAAGGAUACACAAUGAGCAGCCACCAAGGCCUUCCACAGCGAGGAAGCGUGCUCUCUCAGAUAAGCGGGACGACAGCGGUCACGGAUCCGCCUCCAGGAAUUCCCAUGGUUCGAGAGAAGAGAUUGAGCAGGAAGAGCCGGAACCCUGCGUUGCGCAACAGCAUUGCGUCACAGCGAUCGGCUCGAAUUGAGUAG